UGGCGUUACAAAACAAAAUGCGAGACCAAAGGUGAAAUAGAAGAGAAUAGAAAUAAAGGAAUGUGACCGUUACAUUCCUGAUUCCCCUCGUAUUCAAAAUCCACCCAUAAACUUCACCUUUCAAAGACGGAGAGCAGGGCCUGUUUGCCUCUAUACGCUAGUGUCAAAAUGGUAGGAGAAGAACAGCAACAACCUGAAAUGGCCGAAGAGCUAAUGCAACAGCUCAGAUCCAAAGCAACGGAGCUGCUACUCAGAGAAGAAUGGAAAGAGGCCGUACUUGCCUAUUCUCAGUUCAUCAAUCUCUGCCAAGACCAAAUCUCAAUGACCCGACAGCACCCAGACCCAGAUAAACUCCCCAAGCUCCACAAAUCCCUCUGCUUAGCCCUUUCCAACCGAGCCGAAGCGCGGUCCAGGCUGCGAGAAUUUGCCGAAGCUUUGAAAGAUUGUGAUCAAGCAUUAGAAAUUGAGAGUGCCCAUUUCAAGACCCUGCUCUGCAAAGGUAAGAUUCUGCUAAAUCUGAAUAGGUAUUCAAUGGCUUUGGACUGCUUCAAGACUGCUCUGCUCGAUCCUCACGCAUGUGGAAACGCUGAAAGCCUUAAUGGGUAUUUGGAGAAGUGCAAAAGGCUCGAGUUUCUCUCUAGGACUGGAGCUUUUGAUCUAUCGGAUUGGGUUGUCAAUGGGUACCGAGGAAAGUCUCCGGAACUCGCUGAGUACAUUGGUCCGGCGCAGAUAAGGAAAUCUGCUAUUAGUGGGCGUGGACUAUUUGCAACAAAGAAUGUCGAUGCCGGGACUUUGGUGUUGGUCACCAAAGCAAUUGCCACGGAGAGGGGUAUUUUGCCUAGCGAAGAUUCGGGCGAGAAUGCCCAGUUGGUCAUGUGGAAGAAUUUUAUUGAUAGAGUUACCGGCUCCAUCACAAAGUGUCCUAGAACCCAUAAUUUGGUUAGUACAUUGUCGAUCAGCGAAGUUGAGGACGGGCUACAGGUUCCGGAUAUAAGUCUCUUUAGACCAGAGGCGGAGGAGACUAGUCAUUCUAAUGAGAAGCUUGAUAUGGGUAGGAUUUUAAACAUCUUGGACGUGAAUUCUCUGGUUGAAGAUGCGGUUUCAGCCAAAGUGUUGGGGAAGAAUAGUGAUUAUUAUGGUGUUGGACUAUGGGUACUGGCUUCAUUCAUUAACCAUUCAUGUAAUCCUAAUGCAAGGCGUUUGCAUGUGGGGGAUUAUGUGAUGGUUCAUGCUUCAAGAGAUGUCAAGGCAGGUGAAGAGUUUACGUUUGGGUAUUAUGAUGCGCUUACGCCAUUGGGCAAGCGCAAGGAAAUGUCAAAGACAUGGGGUUUUCAGUGCAAUUGCAAGCGGUGCAAGUUUGAGGAGGAAAUGUGGGGAAAACAAGAGAUCAGAGAGAUUGAGAUGGGUCUUGAAAGGGGGAUGAUGGAUGUGGGUGGUGCAGUCUACAGGUUAGAGGAAGGUAUGAGGAGAUGGGUGGUGAGGGGGAUGGAGAAGGGCUACCUGCGGGCGUCCUUCUGGUCUGCAUAUUCUGAGACCUAUGGUUCAGAAAAGUCCAUGAAGCGGUGGGGAAGGCGGAUUCCGACCAUGGAUGUGGUGGUGGAUAGUGUCCUGGAAGUAGUCGGAAGUGAUGAGAGGUUAGUGAAGGUGCUGGUUGAAGGAUCGAAGAAAACUAAUGGGUCGGCGGACAUGGAGAGGGGUUUGAAGUUGGGAAGAGGAGUUUACGGAAAGGCGAUUAAGAAACAAGCAUUAAGGGCUCUACUCGAGCUUGGCUUUCAUUAGCAUUUCUCUCAUCUUUUUUAAUUUUAUUAACUAAAAGAAGUUUCUUUUG